UUAUCAUAUCUUAGCAUUCAGGUUGAGUGCAAGUGAUCAGGCAGAAUACGAUGUUGGCGAGGCGAGGAAUGUUGUGAAGGGGAAGUUAAGUUGCUUGAUCAUCUUGAAUCUUACUGGAGGUGUCUGCUCCAGAUGGAUUGGAAUGGCUGAUCUGUGGCCGAUUUGGGCAUAUCUCUGGACAUCAGCUUUGCUGGGUUUGUCCCAGGCUGUUGAUGUCACUUUCAGUCAUCUGGGAGAUGGUUACUUUGUCAAGUCACCAUUACUCAAAAAGAACAAUCAUGACCGCCAAGUCCAGCAGGAACUGUUUGUGGUGCCGACGGCAGGCAAAGUGGCCACCUUAAGGGCUAGCUAUGGCCCUCUUAUUGCAGAGGGCUCCACACCACAUUUCUAUGCCAAUAAAACCAAUGCAUCAGCCCAACAGCCGGCAGGACUGCUUUUUCCAGGAAUGGAUGUCAGUGUUCACAUCAUCAGAAAGGAGAUACCACACAAUUCUGCUACAGUUUUGGUGCUUUCCCAUGCUAGUCAUGGAAGCCAAAGAAACAAGUACAAGACUCGAAACCGACAAAAGUGGUGCUUAUCAGUCUAUGUACAGAAAGACUUGAGUGAAGUUUCCUCCUCUUGCGAGAUCAAAGAGGAUGAUCCUUUAUGUUUAUUAAAACUCAGUUUGCCAACAGCAUGGUGGAAUAAUUCAACUGUCACAGCAAAUGUCUACCAUUCUCUCCACACAGUGGAUAUUAAUUCUCCCUGUGUCAGUGCUACAAACUCAAUCCUGCCCAGCAAAACUAAAGAAGAGGAUGUUUUACACAUACAGAAGCAUUUUCUCUCAUCUGUGAUUUUAGUUCCCAAUAAACCCUCUGCGCAAUCCCUGGAUGUGAGAUACCGUAGGGUCCAGGGGGAUUUACUAGUCAUUGAUAUUCCCACAGAAGGUUUCCCUGCAGGAGCCACUUUUGAAGUUCCAGUCUUAUUACAGGCAGAGUCCUACCUUAGAGCCUUUUCUAUACACACAAAAGCAAGAAAAGGUCUUAGAAUUCUGGAUGCCAAGUCCUCAAACCCUAGUAUUUGGAGGGUGCAGCUCAGUUUGAACCACAAGCAUAAAAGUGGCAUGGUUACAGCAUUUGUCAAAGAUGCAGAACAUUACACGAAGAAGUCAAGUGUUCAAGAGGUUUUGCGUUUCACAGUGAAAGUGGAUGAUGAUUUUGAAGAUGAGCAGACAGGAAGACUUGCCUUUGGCAUUGAAUAUAAGAAUCCUAUUAAAGCAAAGAAGAAGCAUAGGCAAAAAAGAAAUAACUGGAGUGCUAGAGUGGUUGCUAGAAUUCCAUUAUAUCCAGAUACUGAACAAACAGUUAUUCCAGUGACACAUAACACAGAACUGAUCAAUACUGCCAUUUUAACUGGAAAGCAGCAAAUGUUCCCCCUGAAUGUCUUUGGUGUGAGCAAAGGAGGUACUGUUAAAGACAUCAGGGCAACCUGUACCUGUGUAUCUAAUAUGCCUGAUGCAUUAAAGGUGUCCAGCAGUUGCCUUGAUGUGUAUUUAGACGGCACAGAGAGCACAGGGAGUGAUCAAGUCACUAUCACUCUGUCAUGUGGGACCUUCUCACAAGAACUAAAUUUUAGAGUCUGGGUGCCAGAUUUUCCUCUUGAAGUGGUUCUAUCAGACAACAAACUCAGUCAGAUCAAGGCUUGGAAAGUGCCGCCAGGGAGGAAGAAGAGGUAGGACCUG